GUAACCUCAUUGUAUACUCACAGUGGUGUGAGUCUGAGAAACUAGAUUUGAGCGUAAAUUUCAUUAUUAAUAUCCCAAUUUUUGCGAAAUUCUUUCAAGUAAAGUUGCUAUAGAAGAAUUGAAAUAUCAAAUUUUGGAAGAAUAGAGCAGCCUUUAAACUAUUCAAACCAAUCAGCACUAAGACAACUCAGAUUCACAGGCGGGCGUUCAGCCCGGCUGGGAUCAGUCAUUACAACCUUGCCCAAAGAAGCCAAUCAGUGAAUAAAUAAACAAGCUGAUGACUCGAAGCAUUACUCUAGCUACUCGAAGAAUAAUGACCUGAUAUUCGAUCUUGGGGAUGAAAUGGAAAAAUUUCUUGGCUCAAAAUCAAUAGCUAAUUCCAAGAAACGUUGCCGUAAGAAGGAUCCGAGUCUGAAGCCUUGAAAGAAACCUAGUCUGACUCCUAAGAACAUGAAAAAGACAGAGAAGAAGCUGUGAAUAAAAUCAUCAAAUUUGAGCAGGAAAAUAUGAAAAUCCCCUUUGUUGCCAAGUCCACCAUCUAUAACGAUCAAAAAGGAGAAGAGAAGGGAGAGGACUGUUGAGCGGAACUAAAAGCUCUUCUCCAAUGCCUCGUUCGCCCCUAAAAGACUGAAAUAGCAUCCAAAGCAUGAUUGAUUACUUCAGCUCAAAAAGGCUUAGCAAAAGAACUAACCCACCUGAAGUUCGAGAAAGGGGUAUUUAAUGUCUCUGAUUUUAUACGAUACCUGACUGCUAAGAGUGCCCAACAGACUGCUUCGUUUGACCACAGACCGCAGAAUAAAGAUGCUGAAAAUAUGGGCUUGAGGAUCAAGAAAAUCAACCUGAAAAGUCCUUCCCAAAUGGAGCAAUUCGAGCACAUUUCUAAUAUUAAAUAAGAAAAUGAAUAAUACGUUUAUGGAAAAUCUUGAGUACUAUAAAGUUUUGCCUAAGAGAAGGACCAAUUUUUGGUGUAAAAGAUACAGAAACCCAAGCGUGCAGGAGCUGUUGAAAGACCAAAAUGAGCCAUCAAAUUCACCUAGAAAAUCGAAGCUGGUGUCUUACCCUUACUUCCAUAUUAAAAGUAGGAAGAAUAAAGCAUAAUUUUCAAUAAAUGCUGAGUUUUA